AUGAGCGAAAGGUAUUUUACUGCCGUUGUCCGAGAAGAGAAUACACUUACUCCACAAUCGAUAUCUAGCAUUGUAGAUGUAGAUGACUCACAGCAAUUCGAUAUUGUAAACUGCUAUAAAGGCUUUUUGGAGGCCAAUCCAGAUAUUCCAAUGCCGAUAGCAGCUAUAGAAUCUUUAAUCGAAUUGAUUAAGCACAGCAAAGCGACGACACUUUCCGAAUUUAUGAAAUCUCUUGAGGAAGGAAGUGACUUAUUGAAGAGCUCUACACGAAAUCCGAUCUCCCUUUCCGCGGGGACAGACUUAUUUCUGAGAUUUGUCACCCGGACAUCUCAUGAUGUUACGAACCUUGAUGCGUGUAAAGAGCAUCUAAUGGAAAGUGGCAAAGUCCUCGUGGAGAAAGCAAUUGCAGUUAGACAUAAAGUGGCGGAAUUGGGUGUUCAAUUUAUAAAAGAUGAUGCCGUAAUACUUAUUCAUUCAUACUCGCGUGUUGUUAUGCAAUUGCUGCAGCGUGCUGCAGCAUGUAAGAAGAGAUUUAAAGUGUACGUCACCGAAUCAAGGCCUAGUUCACUAGGUCUGCGGUCAGCCAAAACACUGCGCAAGUCAGGCAUCCCAGCCACUGUGAUACUAGAUACGGCUGUUGGAUAUGUCAUUGGCAAAGUAGAUGCGGUUUUCGUUGGGGCAGAAGGCGUUGUCGAGAAUGGUGGCUUGAUCAACGCAAUCGGUACCUAUCAGUUAGCCAUAGUUGCCAAAGCUGCCAACAAACCCUUUUAUGCGGUACUUGAGAGCUACAAAUUUCUUCGUCUAUUUCCUCUGAAUCAAUACGAUCUUCCAACACAUACACCAGAAUUGCUAUCAUUCCCAGACUUGGAUAAUCGAUUCAGUAACAUAAUCGGCCGCAUGAAACUAAACGAUAAUCACGGGAACAACGUCGACCAGGAUGAAACAGACGAAAUUGAAGAUUAUGAGUCGAACAAUCCAACGGUAGAUUAUACUCCACCCGAAUAUAUCACUCUACUUUGUACAGACUUGGGCGUUCUAACGCCAUCAGGUGUCAGUGAUGAAUUGAUCAAGUUACAUUUAUAUUAA